UUAAAAAAAAAAAACAGAGAGAAAAAUAAAAUAAAAAAUUGCAAAAACAGAUCAGCGAUCCACGUUCAUCGGUCACAAUCACUCUAUUUUGAACUGGUUAUACGAUCCCAUCAUCCCUUCUUCUUAUUCAGAUAUUGGAUUUUUGCUCCACAAAAUACUUUCUUAAAGGUGUAUAUACUGAGAGAGAAUUCAGUUCAUUGAGGAUGAGCGGAGCUGUGCUUGUUGCACUCGCUGCUGCCAUUGGUAACCUGUUGCAAGGAUGGGACAAUGCAACUAUUGCAGGAUCUGUGCUUUACAUCAAGAAGGAAUUUGAUUUGGAAACCCAGCCAACCAUAGAAGGGCUAAUUGUUGCGACGUCACUGAUAGGAGCAACAAUAAUCACGACGUUUUCAGGGCCUGUAUCUGAUACAGUAGGACGGCGUCCAAUGCUCAUAGUUUCAUCUGUUCUCUAUUUCCUUAGUGGGUUGGUGAUGCUGUGGGCUCCUAAUGUUUACACCUUGCUUUUGGCAAGGCUGCUGGAUGGAUUUGGAAUUGGUCUUUCAGUCACACUUGUUCCCGUCUAUAUCUCCGAAACAGCUCCUCCAGAAAUAAGGGGGUUGUUGAAUACUUUUCCGCAGUUAACUGGCAGCGGUGGAAUGUUUUUUUCGUACUGCAUGGUCUUUGGAAUGUCAUUGAAAGAAUCGCCGAAUUGGAGGCUAAUGCUUGGAGUUCUUUCAAUUCCUUCUCUUGUUUAUUUCCUUUUGGCGAUAUUCUACUUGCCUGAAUCGCCUAGGUGGCUUGUCAGUAAAGGGAAGAUUAAGGAAGCUAAGACGGUUCUGCAGCAAUUGCGUAGCAGAGAAGAUGUCUCAGGUGAAAUGGCCUUGUUGAUGGAAGGUCUAGAUGUUGGAGGCGAUGUAUCUGUAGAAGAGUAUAUUAUUGCACCAGACAACGACCUUGCUGACGACAACCAAGAUCAAGUAGUAGACAAGGAUCAAAUUAAGUUAUACGGUGCUGAAGAGGGCCAAUCCUGGGUGGCAAAACCUGUGAUUGGGCAAAGUACUCUUGGUAUGGUUUCCCGUGGAAGUAUGGUAGCGAGUCAGAGCUCUUUUAUAGAUCCUAUGGUCACUCUCUUUGGCAGUGUACACGAGAAGCUACCCGAGAAUUCAGGAAGCAUGAAGAGCAUGCUAUUUUCGAAUUUUGGCAGCAUGUUCAGUGUGCCCGAGAAUAAAAACGAGCAUUGGGAUGAGGAGAACCAAAGGGAUGGGGAUCGUAAUGAAUCCGAUGAAUCUGGCAACGAGUCCGAUGACAAUUUAAGGAGCCCACUGCUCGCACGUCAAGACUCAAAUACAGGAAAGGAUACGGAUGCAAGACUAGGAAACGAGGGCGAUGAAGUCAGUAGCGUUGGUAUUGGCGGAGGUUGGCAGCUGGCCUAUAAGAAAGACGAGAGAAAGGAAGGAGCACUGAGAAGGAUUUAUUUGCAUCAGGAAGGUGGCCCGGAAUCACGACGUGGGUCCAUGAUCUCCGUCGCUGGCGGUGAUAACGCAGAAGGUGAAUGCAUUCAUGCAGCUGCUCUAGUGAGCCAGUCGGUUCUUCGGACAGAGGACAUAAUGGGCCAAAAACCUAUUGAAGAAGCAAUGGUGAAAAAAUCCAAGCCUACAGAACCAGGCUGGAAGGAGCUCUGUGAGCCUGGAGUCAAGCAGGCACUUAUUGUUGGAGUAGGACUUCAAAUACUUCAGCAGUUUUCUGGAAUAAACGGAGUUCUGUAUUACACUCCUCAAAUUCUUCAACAAGCCGGUGUUUCACUUCUGCUUGCGAAUUUGGGUUUGAGCUCAGACUCGGCAUCUAUCCUCAUUAGUGCUGCCACAACGCUAUUGAUGCUUCCCGCCAUAGGCGUUGCAAUGAAACUGAUGGACCUUGCAGGGAGGAGGUGGCUUUUGCUCACUACUUUGCCAGUUCUGUUACUAUCACUUGUCACGCUAGUCGUGGGCACUGCCAUUGAUAUGGGGCAAGUAAUGAAUGCGGUUAUAUCCACGACUAGCGUCAUCUUCUACUUAUGCUGUUUUGUCAUGGGGUAUGGCCCGAUCCCUAACAUCCUGUGCGCUGAGAUCUUCCCCACUCGUGUUCGUGGCAAAUGCAUUGCGAUAUGCGCUCUCACAUUUUGGAUUUGUGAUAUCAUUGUCACGUACUCGCUCCCUCUAUUGCUCUCGUACUUUGGUCUGCGUGGAGUGUUUGGCAUGUACACGGUUGUUUGCGCGGUGUCUUGGGUUUUCGUGUUCUUGAAGGUUCCGGAAACAAAGGGCAUGCCCCUUGAAGUCAUCACAGAGUUCUUUGCUGUUGGUGCAAAGCAAAAAAGUGAUUAAAUGCACCAACUGUUCUAUAUAUAACUUGUUCUGUGAAUUGAAAAACCAGAGGGCAUCUAGGAUUGAAAAUAUUGAAGAUUUUGUGAUAAAAAGAAGAAAGAUGAUGAUCAAAGAGGAGAACAGAGAACUCAAUUUUUUGUUUUUGUUUUUGUUUGUUUUUCUGGCUUCUUAUUUAUUUUCUAAACCUUGUUUUUUCCCACAAAUCCUUCAGUUGGGCUUGCUAAGAAUGUAAUCCAAAUGUGGACAGAAAAUUUCUUGUGUUGAUUUCUUGAAAUUUUUAUGAAUACAGCAAUUGCAUUUGUUAAAUCA